AUGAAAACGAAUUUACUGCGUCUCACCAAACCCUUCCGUUCUCUGGAAUGUGAUAUCGGUUACUAUGAUGAUGAGGAGAACAUCUACCUCGUUGACAAAUCCAAGGAAAUGAUAAAAGUACACGGUUAUCAGGUAAUCCCCACUGAACUCGAGGCACUACUGAUCACUCAUCCCGGUGUCGCAGAAGCAGCUGUCGUCGCUAUUUCAGAUCGUGAGGCUGGCGAAAGGCCGGUGGCUUUCGUUGUAUUGGACAAAGCUAAACCAGCCAGUACCAAGCAGAUAAUGGAUUAUGUAAAUGAACGUGUAGUGAGAUAUAAGAGGCUGGUGCAGGUGAACGUGGCUCAAACUCUGCCUCGAUCUCCAUGUGGCUCGUUGCUACGACGUCUACUCGCUCAGGCAGCUGUCCUCAACGUUUGCAAUAUGCCUUGA